AUUCCAAGAGCUCCUCAACAUCUGCUCUCCUCUCUUAGAUUGUUUAGAUAUAUAUUUGAGUUAGGGUAGUGUUACUUGUCUAGAUACUGUUUCUACCUUCGGCUUCCAACAUAACGCUAGAGCCUAACUAGUGUAUUGUGUGGCUGGUUGAGUGAGACCCAUACGCAUCAUAAUGUCUUGAAGUCCCUCGAUCUUUUGGAAAGAUGAUUUGGGAUUUUCAAUCAACCGCCCGAUCGGCUCCGUGUUCUUGUCGACCUCGCCGAUAUGGAGUACAGACAUGUACGCAGUUCUGAUGAACCUAUGGAAGUGGAGGUCAUCGAAUUGACAACCAAAAACGACAACAAUGUACACCACUACGCUCCUCCUCCCGAAUCACCGCCGAGUGACACGAAAUACGAUCCUUUCAUAGCACAUCAUAAUAGGGAGCACUAUCAACCAGCCCAACCACCCGCCAAAUGGCCACAUUCUCAGAAGGUCUCUGUCGCGAAGCUCACACCUUGGAGGACUACCGUGAUGGUGUUCGAUGUGGUUCUGGCUUCGGCACCUAUUAUGUUCAUAGUUCUUGCUAUUCUGGCUGCUAGACUAGAUAAUACAGUACUAACAGCGUCUGGCAACAAACUCAUGGAAAUACUCAAGAUAUCUCCUACUAUCUAUCCAAUCAUGUUCGCCGCUAUCAUGGGACGAUUGUUCCACGCUCUCGGCCUAUACCUUGCUGAACGAGGCACUACACUCGGACGUCUUGAGCACUUGAUCGGCUCCCAAUCCAUCGCGUCCGCGCUCGAACGCCUAGUCUGUCUUCGCUCUUGGUCGCUUCUUAGCAUCCUGACAGUUGUUGCUUGGGUUCCCUCGCCUUUUGGAGGCCAGGCCGCGCUUCGACUGAUGAAGAUCGAAGAUACGGACCCGUAUAGGCACAACGACACGAUCACAGAAACGUUUUACUACAUCGAUCCACUGAAUGUCCAAAAUUCCUUCCUUUCGGGGGCUAGCUCUUUGAACAGUGGACGCUCAACUUUCACAAGUAUCUUUCUGGCGGCCCUGACGAUGAGUUCAAAUUUUAACAGCGAGGCACUAGACGGAUGGGGAAACACGAAACUUCCUAUAUAUCGAUCCCUCGAGGCAGAUACCACUGGGGAAUGGAGAGAUAUUCCGCAAUAUCCACUACAACGCCCUACCUGGGCUUCGUGGAUUGGAAUUCCCGUAAAUAUCGGUCUCUUACAAUCUCGCCAGUCGUACACAUGGACCGACUUCAAUGUCAAGGCCAGGCAAUUCGAUAUUACAUGUUCUAGCAACGUGCGGAUGAGCAGGAAUGAGAGCGACUUUGGCAACGUUACAUCCACUUGGACGCUUAGUUAUGUCGACCCCGAAUUAAGAUGCUCAACGUAUCCAUGCUCGAUCGUUAGCAAGUCAUUAGCUCCUGCUGAGGAUGGCGAAGACGAAGAAUCAGUCUCAGUAGCCCAUUGCGAGGUGUCCUACGAAUACCUGGAGGCCGAAAUAGGCUGCUCUGAUGAACUGAACGGUGAAUGUUCUGCGAAGAGGCUGCGAAAGCUGGAUUUGCUUGCGGACGGAUACAGCUCAGAUAGUGAUGACUUCGUGCGCUCGGUCAUCUUGAGCAACCUCAUGUCUGCAAUGCCGACGACAGAUAAUAUCGGCGUCACUGAUCGUCAAGCCCGGGGCUCUACAAAUAUGGAGAAAUGGAUGGCAAAUCCAGAUGAUUUCAUUGCCGCAACAUACGACUUCGUCUCACUAUGGAAUAUGACAACGGACCUUUUCGCCGAGCGCUUGACUAUCGUUUGGAAUUCAUUCUUACAGUCGACAUACGCGGCAAGUGCUGUAGGCUACACUGGGGCUGUGCUCGAGAACGUAGUAGAUGGAGAGACGUCCUACAACGCUACGACUGUCACACGUAUAACUGCGCUGCCCACAUACCAGACCAACUGGAAGUGGCUUGCCGUGCUCCUUGUGUGCUCCACCUUGCUACUAGCUGCAGGAUACGUUGGGCUGGCACUAAAAUAUCUCACGAUCGCUCCGGACAUCAUCGGCUACGCUUCUUCAUUGACAUUGCUGAAUCCAUACGUCCCAACCCCGACAGGCGGAACGACUUUGGAUGGGCUGGAGAGAGCGGCACUGUUGCACGACCUACCCAUCAAGAUUGGAGACGUGUGCCCAAAUGAACCGGUGGGUGCGAUUGCACUAGCGAAGGCGGAUGGCGGGAGAGUGGGCAACUUAGACAGGAGGAGGUUAUAUGUAUAGGGCUAACCCUGAACGGUCCGGUUGCGUUUUAUAUGGCUCUAGGCAUAAUUGCAUUCCGCUCCAUACAUAUUAGUUGGUUCGAUACGCUAUCUGCGUUACACUGAAAGAGGCUUGUCAUGUGAGCUUAGGCAAAACUGUGUUCAGCUCUGGAAGCUACGGCACACACGUGUAGAUAACUGGCGAACAUAACACGUAAGGCUGGAUAUUGUCAGUAUUCUAUACCCCGAACAUGCGGUGCUUGACUGAGAUGUAUAUUAGAACCGUCUCUUCGGGCGUUGAGACUACGUAGAAUGUGGGUAAACCUUCUGUGU